UCUCAGGAAAGGAAGAUCAAAACCCCUUUGCAUCAUCUCUCUCCCAAAUCCUAAAACCCUAGAAUUUGGAUAUUGAUGCUCGACAAAGGGAGAAGUGAACCUCAUUCAUUCCCUCCUCAAAUUCGACCGUGCAAGUACCCCCAUCAUCGUCGUUGCAGAUUCGCGGCGGCCGCUCGCCCGUCGUCCUCACUUGAGAAUUUUCCGACUCACAGCGCCCCUCGACUAAAGCCCUGCGAAUCAUCAUCUCAUUGAGUGUCAGGAUUCGUAUGUGUCAUUGAACCAUGACGGUGUUGAAGAGAUACGUGCUAAGGCUGUUCAUAUCGCUGA